GUCAGUUUGUAGUCCACAUGACCUUAGACGCCGGAGAAUACAUUAGCCGGUUAGCUAACAUACCGAAAGUUAUUUAACAGGGUAAAUAAGAGGGCACCGCAAACGGGAGAAGUCGCUGGUGUUAUAUUGAGUAACCGUUGUCUUUAUCCGCAAGUGAAACGACAUCCAUCUAUUUACUAACAUGUUUUCACUGUCGACAUCGUUUCAACCCCAGCAGAUGGUGUUGCCCCUCAUCAACACACUUCACUCAUUAAAGAGUUCAGCCACUGCCUCAUUCCAGAGCCUCCACAAAGACUUCACAGCAGAAAAUCUGUUGUAUACUAAAGAGCCUAGUGUGACCUUGAGAGACCUGGGACUGACGGAUAUAAACGUGAGUCAGCUGGAGGAGCUGGUCAGCAGAUUAUUGCCUACACCACAAGAGCCUCACUCUGCUCCGUCGGUGUGGAGGACCAGCCACGUUUCCUCUCACAGCUUCUUCCAUAACAAGCAUGGGUUUGCACAUAGAAGAUUGGGAGUGUUCGGGCAGCCAAUAUUGCACAGACAGUAUCACAGUCCUAUAAAGGAUAUUUGUUCAGAGCUACACUUCCUGCCUGUAUGGAUUCAGAGUCGGGGGUUUAAGACUCUCCGGUCCAGGGCUAGACGUCUAGAGUCAGGUUAUAAUGGUCCUGCGGAGCCAGAGGCCUACACACCAGCCUUCAUGAAGGGUUUACUUCAGAGAGAAAAGACCCCAGAUGUACAAUCACUGGAUCAGCUGGCGAAACACAAAGGUCUUCCAGACAACCAACAAGAUGCAUUCAAGACUGGCUUUGCUGAGGGAUUUCUGAGAUCUCAGGCUUUUACACAAAGAACGCAAGAUUCACUGAGGAGAACCCGGCUGGUCCUGUUGGUUCUCCUGCUCAUUGGCAUCUAUGGCUUAUCCAGAACCCCAUUUCUCUCGGGUAAAGGCUCCUUUUCUGAUGCUGUGAGGUUUCGCACCACCUCUGGUCUGGACUCUGCAGUUGACCCCAUUCAGUUGAAGAAUGUGACCUUUGAGCAUGUCAAAGGAGUUGAGGAGGCAAAGAAUGAACUGCAAGAUGUUGUAGAGUUUUUGAAGAACCCACAGAAAUUCACUGUUCUGGGUGGAAAACUCCCCAAAGGUAUCCUUCUGGUGGGCCCCCCUGGCACAGGAAAGACCCUCUUAGCUCGAGCUGUGGCUGGAGAGGCUGAUGUCCCCUUCUAUUAUGCCUCUGGUUCAGAAUUUGAUGAAAUGUUUGUUGGUGUGGGAGCAAGUCGUAUCAGGAAUCUGUUCAAAGAGGCAAAGGCUAAUACUCCCUGCGUAAUCUUUAUUGAUGAACUGGACAGUGUUGGCGGGAAGAGGAUCGAGUCACCUAUGCAUCCUUACUCCAGACAAACUAUCAACCAGCUGCUGGCUGAAAUGGAUGGGUUUAAGCCAAACGAGGGUGUCAUCGUUAUUGGUGCAACUAACUUUGCUGAAGCAUUGGAUAAUGCUCUAGUGAGACCAGGACGGUUUGACAUGCGGGUCACUGUCCCACGUCCAGAUGUGAAAGGACGCACUGAAAUUCUUAACUGGUACCUGUCUAAGAUCAAAGUGGAUAAUGCUGUGGAUGCAGAAAUUAUCGCCCGUGGCACAGUGGGGUUCUCGGGGGCAGAACUGGAGAACCUGGUGAACCAAGCCGCCCUGAAGGCGGCUGUGGACGAGAAAGAGAUGGUAACAAUGAAGGACUUGGAGUUCGCUAAAGACAAGAUCGUCAUGGGUCCUGAGAGGAGAAGUGUGGAAAUAGACAAAAAAAAUAAGACUAUCACUGCUUACCAUGAAUCUGGUCAUGCCAUUGUGGCCUAUUAUACAAAAGAUGCAAUGCCCAUAAAUAAGGCCACCAUCAUGCCCAGAGGGCCUACUCUUGGACAUGUGUCACUACUUCCUGAGAAUGACCGGUGGAGUGAGACCAGAGCUCAGCUCCUGGCUCAGAUGGAUGUCAGUAUGGGAGGACGAGUAGCUGAGGAGCUCAUCUUUGGAAAUGAAUACAUUACCACAGGUGCCUCUAGUGACUUUGAUGGAGCCACCAAAAUAGCUAAAAUGAUGGUGACCAGAUUUGGGAUGAGUGACAAGCUUGGGGUCAUGACCUAUGGAGAUGUUUCCAAGCAGAGCCCCGAGACUCAAGCCGCCAUUGAACAGGAAGUUAGAGCUUUGUUGAAGGAUUCCUACAACCGAGCUAAACACAUCCUGAAGACCUACAGUAAGGAGCACAAAACUCUGGCCGAUGCUUUGCUCAGAUAUGAAACACUGGAUGCUAAAGAGAUCCAGAUGGUGUUGGAGGGCAAAUCCCUGGACCACUGAAUACCUCACUCUAAUUUACUAUAAUAUUGUAUAGUGUGUACAUAUAUAAAUAUAUAUUCUGCUGUGCAAAUGUGCACAGGCCUUUGGGAGGCCUCGCAUUUCUUUUGUGUAUUUUUCUGUCAUCAGAUAUACAUUUGACAUUUAAAAUUCUAAGCUUUUCUUUACAUGUAUACAGCUAGUUUUAAAAUUACUUAAAUGGGCAAUAAUGGAAUCAGUGGAUUUUAUUCAAAUUUGAGGCCAAAUGAAACUGUUAUUGUACGCUAAAAGUUAUUAGGUAAACGCAAUGAUUUUAAAACGGACACAGUACAUUAUAUUUACUACAUGACUUUCCUUUCUCGGCUUGGUUCAGCACCCAAGAUCUUACAUACCUCAUUUUGAAUGCACCAUUAAACUAUAGCUGGGUACAUGUUGUAUUGAAUGUAUUUCUAGCUUCUUAUUUAUUUAAGUUCCCAUCAGUAUCAUUAUUUUCUUACUUUACACUGAGGCUCGAACUUCGAAUGCUAUAUCCCUUGAUGACUGUGACAGAUAAUGUGGGGAAGUCAAGUGUGUAUAUAUUGUAAGUGUGAAGAUUUGGUUUCAUUCUUGUUGUGAUGGGAGGACUUUUGUGAGCUCAAAUAAAGGUUACUCAAACUCU